CACAUCUGCUUUACUCUGGCAGUGGGAUCUCUCUCACCACAGACAAGAACUCCCGAAUAGACGCGAUGUACCUCUGCAGGACAGCAUUGCACAGACUCUCCCCACUGGCAAAACCAUCCUCCUCUUCCCGACUCGUCAGGGAUGUGUACAAAAACCCUUCUAUCCGCCAGAUGGCUUCCAACAGUUUCCCGGGAGGCGACUCAGGCGAGAAAAUGAUGUACAUCCUGGUAAUCGGUGCAGCGUGUGCAAGCGCAGGCUAUUAUACCUACAGAACUAUCUAUACUGAUAAAGCCAGGUACAACAACAGAGUGGACAGUAUAAUGUCUGAAGCAAAAGACAAAUUGACAGAUGAGAAUUUGAGUGAAGAGGCCAAAGCUGCUACAGCUGAGCUGUGCGAUGUUGAAGAGCCCAUAGAUCUUGCUGCAGAUGCACAGCCCACGGAGCCUCCAUCAGAGAAAGCUGCCCCAGCCAAAAAGGAGGGAGAGACCAAAAGCAACUCGAAGGAUACUGCAGUUCCAGCUGCUGUUUCUGCUAAUGAAGAGGCCUCCUGCACUGACUCAGAAAACUGUGAGAGCGCUAAGGCUCCGCUGAGUGAGGAAGUCCCUUCUUCUGUUGAAGAAAACCCAGAGAGCCAUGAUGUUGCUGCACAAAACAAAGUUCAGAUAUCAGAAGAAAGAUUGUUUUCAAUCAAUGAGGAAUUUCUUUUACUGACGUCUACUCCCCCGUCUGAUCCCGAGGAGCCCCCAACCUGCAUCUCAGAAGAAACCAGCGAGAAAGUUGACACUCCGUCAGCUGAGGAGGUGACUUCAGGUGUAGCCGAUCCAAACAUAGCUGCUUCCUUAGUCCUCCUUAGUUCUCCUCCAGGGAAGGUAACAGAAGAAACUACUGAGACACCUGAAGAUCCACUAGCCAUUGAGGCCCCUUCAACUGUUGAAGAUGGACCAGGGAACCAGGGAGUUCCUGCAGAUCUUGUUCAAGACGUUAAAGCAGAUGCCGCUCCUGAGAAUGCAAUGGAGGAAGCGCACCUGCUGCUGAUGAGCAGUCAGAAGAGGAAUGAAGGAAGGUUUCAUCCCAUCAUAGAACUUCCUCUAAAUACCAACAAUCCUAAUCCAAAACAACACCCAGUGGGAAUGAAUUUCAAAGCACUUUACACCAAGUAGUUUUUUUGUGUGUCAGCCCGAAU